AUGGGACAGGGUCAGCACCAGCCCUUCUUUUCUGGCCCACUACCAUUAGACGGAUAUGGGUUUGGUUUUGAUCUAUCUGGGCCAUUGAGUUUAGGCACCUGGGAUGAAGCCAUGCUGUUGAGUCCUAGCUCAUGGCCCACCGACAACGGGUCUUUCGCGACCAUGAAUACACAUGCCGACCCUGCGUCGCAAUCUAUCCACCAACUCCCGCACACUCAUAGGUCUUCAAGCCAGAUUUUGGGAGCCAAUUCUGCUGUAAGCAACGGAGCGCGCGAAUUGCCAGAGCGCAGACCACACCAACCUGAUCCAGCUUCAACUUCACCUUUCUCGACCGAGGAUGUCCCGAAUGGACCGAACGAAGACUAUCUCUUGCAUACAUUUCUUCAGAUGCUCAUGCCACCUAUCCUUACGCCGGUGGAGAUUGGCCCAAAGUGGGCAUCUACCCGCGCCUUCUUUGCCACUCUGGCUGCAGAGUCACCUACCGUCAAGAGUGCCAUCAUAGCGUUCGCCGCGAUGCAAAUGCAGCGUAGCGGGCUAGGUAGCGAUAUGGUCAAGGCAGAUUGGAGGCCUUUGUAUGACAUCGCAACUAGACAGGUAUCAGGCCGCCUUGCAAAGACUCGAGCGGUUGAAGAUAGUGAUCUUAGGCACAUGCUCGCCGCUCUUUUCUUGCUUACCUAUACCGACCUCCUUACAGAAAUGCUGCCACGAGCCCACGCCAACUUACGAGAAGCUUACAUGCUCAUAAAAGGUGCGGAUAAGCUUAAGUUCUCCGUCCCAGAACGCCGACUCAUCUCCUGGUUGCGUCUUCUCGAUGCACGUGCUAUAUCAACGGCAGGUGGUGAAGGACUCUUUUUGGCUGAUACUGAUGAGACCAUCUUCGAUGCAUCACCAGCUGCCAAUACUGGGUCAGAGCCGGACACGUCAGACACUGAGAUUGAGGAAAUUCUGUUUGACGUGUUAUAUCACCCCGGAAUUAUCUUCUAUCAGAAGGUGCAGUCUUUCGCUGGCCGCAUCGCACGCAUUGACCCCUGGCAUCGUACACGCGGCACUGUUCAGGACGAGACAGAAGUGAUGGCUAUUGCAGCACAGAUUUCCAAGGACUUGCAUGCGCUUUACGGUCAGCGACCGGCAUUGAUGGAUCAUGCGGUCGCUGGAAAUCUCACUGAGAAACAUCUGGCCAAGAACCUAGCAGGUGCACUCACUCGAAGUCUUCGCACAUAUCUCGCCAACUACCACGCCUCGUUCAUACACUUACACCGCGUCGCGUAUGUGCAGUACCCCAAGACCAGGGAUGUCAUAAGCGCCAUCGCAAGUAUAAAGCGCCUAACCCGUUUGAUGGCGCAGGCCGACGAGUCGCUACCAGUCAACGUCCUAUGGCCUCUACUCAUGUGGGGUUGUGAAGAGGACGACAACGAAGAGAGACGAUGGAUCAUUGAAGCAAUUCGCAGUCUCGAGAGUAUCGCCACCAAUGCCAAGGCUACCGCCGAUCUUCUAGAAGAAGUCCAAAGGAGGCAAGAUGAAGGAAAGCGAAGGGUCGACGUGCGUCUUGUCAGCCAUGACGGUGACGAAGAGGAGUACGAAGCUGCGCCGGAACGCGAAGCGAAUUCCGAAAGCACACCCAACGAUCUCGAUGUUGCCUCGAAAUCCCGGCAGACAGACCAACGUUUGAACAGAGGUUCCAGCGAGAGCCAGCUGGCGUCGUCAUAUCGUGACCUGAACCCGUUUGCGACUGUUCCGAUUCCAGAAUUCGAUGAUAGUAGCGAUUUGCCGUCUAUUCAUGACGUUCUCAAUACUCACAUCCCACCAUCCUUAGUUAACGUCAAUAAUGGUGGCAGUAACAGUACAUCGCAAAGCACUCGAGCCGUCUCUUCAAUAAAUCAACUAGCGAACACAAGCCACUGGCAAGCAAGCCCCGGAUCACUUCAACGUUUGUCGCAGUCCCCAAAUCUGUCAAAGAAGAGCCCUUUCGGGUCGAUCAACAACAACCAGUCUCCUUACAACUCUACGGCUUUUAGUCCUUCAUCAGUGCCAACACUUAAAUGGCCCGUGAACAACGCGUAUGAAGCCCGGCUUCUCCAUCAUUACCUCUUCUUCUGUACUGAUUGGAUCGAUGUAUGUGACUCACGGCAACACUUCAGUACCGAGGUACCAAAGCGUGCAGUCCAUUUUCCUGUCAUAUUAAAUGGCAUACUGGGUCUUGCCGCAAGACACUGCUGGCUGAUGGGCAAAGUUGUGGAAGACUUGUCGCAGCCAUAUGUAGAUCAGUGCUUACAAGCACUGAUUGUGGCGCUCGAGGAUCCGCUUGCGCAUUGGGAUGAGAACUUCCUUAUCGCCGUUAUUCUGCUUCGCCUUCACGAGGAGAUGGGCGAUACCGACGAACACUGCCACCACCUUGGUACCGCCCGUAUACUGAACAGUAUCUCGUCCUUUGCCGCGGACGGUGGCCUCCGCGAGUCGGCAUCCUGGGUGUCUCUCCGCCAACACAUCUACGUCUCCCUGACGACCCAAAAACCCCUCAAUCUUAGCCUCGAGAACUACCGGCACUCCGCUGUUUUCAGCGAGUUUGACGACGAAAGCUGGGCGAACCGUAUCAUAUUCCUCUUUGCCGUCGUUCUGCAAACAGUAUUUGGAGGCAGCAACAACGGCAGUGAAAACGUCAGUCGAGAAACAUGGAAAGAUUUGAGCGACGAAGUAGAUGAGUGGGAGCGGACAAAACCUUGGACGUUUUCUCCCUUUUACAUCGAGUCCGAUGCGGGUGACAAGUUCGAAGGGAUACUACCACCUUUGCAAGAUACUGCUGACUAUAUACUCGCCUAA